AGGGUCAGCCUCGGAGGCACUGGGCGGCAGUCCGAACAGCGGCAGCGAAGCUCCCAAGAGCAACGUGGUGGUGGCGGCGGGAGCAGCUCGCAAGGCACCCUGGCCUGCAGCGCCAGUGACCAGAUGCGCCGAUACCGCACCGCCUUCACCAGGGAGCAGAUUGCACGGCUAGAGAAGGAAUUCUACAGGGAGAACUACGUGUCCAGGCCGCGGAGAUGCGAGCUGGCGGCCGCCCUAAACCUGCCCGAAACCACCAUCAAGGUGUGGUUCCAGAACCGGCGCAUGAAGGACAAGCGGCAGCGGCUGGCCAUGACGUGGCCGCAUCCAGCGGACCCUGCCUUCUACACGUACAUGAUGAGCCACGCGGCAGCCGCGGGCGGCCUGCCCUACCCCUUCCCAUCGCACCUGCCCCUGCCCUACUACUCGCCAGUGGGCCUGGGCGCCGCGUCCGCAGCCUCGGCCGCCGCCUCGCCCUUCAGUGGCCCGCUGCGUCCGCUCGACACGUUCCGCGUGCUCUCGCAGCCCUACCCGCGGCCCGAACUGCUGUGCGCCUUCCGUCACCCGCCGCUGUACCCCGGCCCCGCUCACGGACUGGGCGCCUCGGCCGGCGGCCCCUGCUCCUGCCUUGCCUGCCACAGCGGCCCGGCCAAUGGGUUGGCGCCCCGGGCCGCCGCCGCCGCCUCGGACUUCACUUGUGCCUCCACCUCCCGCUCGGACUCCUUCCUCACCUUCGCGCCCUCGGUGCUCAGCAAGGCCUCCUCUGUCGCAUUGGACCAGAGGGAGGAGGUGCCUCUCACCAGAUAAGGGGCCGCCCGCGGGCUGCCAGCUCCAGGACGGCUCGGGACUCAGCCUUGUAUCUCCCGCCCCCCAAGACACCGAAGGGGAGAAGAGAGGGCCGCAAAGGACCAACGGGA